AGUGCAUAAUCUAUUGCACAAUUACAGUUCAAGCCACAAUUUAACAUAGAGCUAUAUAAGGACACAGGUUAACAACUCUACAAUUUAGAUUCCAUUUAGAAAAAACUGUGUGUGCUAAUUCAGUUUAUAGCAAAUAGGUUGAUGGAAACAUGUUGUUGUGCUUAUUUCCUGUCGUUGCAAAAUGUCAUUUGUAAGGAGAGUUUUGUCUACAGUUGCGUCUAUCUGCUUAUUGCCUUUGUGCCACUAUACACCGAGUAUAUUUCUAUGGACAGUGAUUGUCCAUCAACACAUGUGGCAUCAAUGAUACUCUCUUUGUCACUUCAAAUCUAUCUUCUCUCCAUCCCCCCUCCCCUCUAGAAAAUAGCCAAUUUAAUUCCGCGCUGUCAUACAUUAUUGAUUGUCUAUAAAUGCACAACAUUACUCGCGCGCAGGAGUAGAGAAACAAAUCCAUCUAUUAAUCUGCUUUUUCUCUUUUUCAUUCUUCUUUCCAUUAAAAUUCCAUUAAAUCUUCAUGAAACUAAUUCUUGCGGAAUAAAUUACAAAGACUCAAGUUGCGACAAUAACGAUGAAAAACAAAAAAGGUAUAUUUCGAAACUUCUGAUUCUCCUGAGCAAUUUCAGCUGCUCUUUACUCUCGGUAGAUUCCAAUUAGCUCUAAUUAAUUCCUGCUGAAGUUGGUCUAUCCUUCUAUUUCGCCCUUUUUCAUUCCAAAGUGUCCCCAGUGGUUACAGUGUUAGAGGCAGAAAGAUAGAUUGAAUUGAGCUACUGUCAGAGUAGCUAUGCGGAAAUGAAGGACUACUUAUAACAUUUGGCUGUUUAUCCUAUUGCCACUCUGUUUGCAAUCGACCAACAAACACAUUACACGUAACACAAUUCAACUCUGAACAGAACAGGAUGUGAAACCUAAAAAGAAGCAAUUAGUGUGGAACAACGACUCUUCUUCCAUUUAUUCCUUCAUUACCAUCAACUCCCAUUGAAAAUAUUAACACACUGCAUCUGCAUAUAUUUCCUCAUUGGUUCUACACACUUGAUAGGAGAUAUUUGCCCAUUUGUGAAGUUAUACUGUGGAAUUGGAUAGUCGAGAACAAGGAUGGCUGUCUAUUGAAACUGAAUCCUGAUGUUACCGAAGUUGGUGUUAGCUACACUGCAUAUGGACCCCACCCAAUCAUACUCAACAUUUACUAAUUGUUUGCACUCCUGUAUUUCCCCAAAAGAACAAUGAGGGAUAACAACAAGGAGAAGAUUGGAGAAGAUUGAGGGCAACUAUUGCAACUGUUGUUGUGAAGUGAGCAGGGUAGGGUGCCAACAAUAUUACAACUUAUUUCCUAACUUGAUUCGCCCUCUGUGGGGAGGCAGACACCUUACAACUCCCCUGCUGCACUGCACAACAAAGCCCCACAGCACAACACGGGACAGGACAGGACAAGUGAAUAAUAGAGGAGAGGAGAGGAGAGAAAAGGGAAAGGAAAGGGAAAGAACAGUUGAGACACAAGCAGGGAAGAGCACAUUAGGGGAGAAGAAAGGGGACCUGCAGUGUGUGUGUGAGAGAGAGUGGUGCAUAUACCCAACCACUCCUCUAAACUACCCCCCUGAGAGAGGAGGACAGGAGAGGAGAAGAACCAUUUGAACAACUUACUUCCUCCGCCAAAUCUUCCCUCUCUCUCUCUCUCUCCCUUUCUCUCCCUCAAAUAUCAUCCCCCCACAACUUCCUCAAUCCAUCAUACCAACCAACUUGCCUUUACUUCUGAAGUUGAUCGCAUACACAGAGAUGAUGCAGCCGCACUCUUUCAGCCCAAAUCAGUCAUAAAGAGCAGCGACAGAAAUCACUCUUACAUUCUCUGUUCCAGCCCCUGAUCUGAUCAAACUCUAUCCAUUAAUCCACCCCUCCUUCCAAUUCUCUGUGACUUCUUCCUUUAUUAAUUCCCCUUCCUUGUAUGUCCUCCUUAAGUAAUGCAGUGACCUAGUUGUGACCCCAGCUGCACAACAUCUCAAAUUGUUGUGCCUUCAAACUCUCUCUCUCUCUCUCUCAAUCCAAUCUCGGCACACUUCAAUUGAAAAAUGAGUUUCAUGUUUGCCCCCAGAAUAGUACAUCCGCUGUUUGCUUACUUUCUCAUUUAGCCCAUUUCCCAGUUGUGCCCAUUUAUCCAUCUCUCCCUCUCUCUAUCUCUCUCUUUAAUUAACAUCUGAGCCCAUUUAGUCCCCCUACCCUCAAUACACUUCCAUUUCAUUCCUUCACAAACUAUUCCCUUUUUCUUCUCUUCUUUUUCGAUCUGAUUUUAUGACUUGAAAGCUUCGUUUUAAAGGCAAAUGACUCCAUUUUAGGGAUUUCAAAAUUGAUUUUCCCUUUUCUUCUCACUCCUGUACAUCCGCACUAUAGUCGGAGUCUCUCUUGUUGCUUAGUCUUGUUUUACGGCCCCCCUGUGCCACUUUUACGACACAUUGUUCAACUGCAUACUCUCUUAUACCAUUUGUGAUUGUGAAUCUACUGGCUGUAACUCAGAUCUGGACUAUAAUUCAGAAGCGAAGGCAAAGAACAAGUGUUUUCCACAAUUCUCUGAACAUUAGACCAGCUACAACAUACCUGCGUGUUCUUCCAUUUUCACUCCAAUUUGUCAAAUCUAAUCUUGGUUGUUGUUUUGAUCGAUAUGUUUAAUGUUUCAACCACUAACAAUAACACAACUUCAGAUUCGACUAAUACCGCCAUUAUAUAAACUAUUUUACAAUUUACACGAUCUCUAUCUCUCCUCAAGUCAUAAAUUGGGAUCAGUCAUAGACCCCCACUUCAGAUAUCAAACGGUGGAAUGCAUCUAUUUGACCACUGAAGUCCCCCGCCCAGCCCCACAUUAUUGGCACUGACUGUAUUUUAAUAUCCCUGACAGGAAUUUCCUCUCCAUUUCGAUAGUCUCUACAACUCAGCUAAUCCGACAGAUCUGUCACAGUUUCUUCGCUCACUACUUGGUUUUGGCCUCUCGGUGGUUUCUCUAAAUUGACUCCAUUUUCUCGGCUGACUUAAUUCGAAAGUGUUUUUAUCACCAAUUAUAACAGCUUAUUACUGACUGCCAACAUGUCCCCUGGCAGCAGUGGCGUAGCCAGAGUGUCUGCUGCUCCGCCCUCCAAGUGUUGCUGCUGCAGAACCAGAGACGGAGUAGUCAUCAUCGGCAUCGGAAUCCUCAUGUUCUCUGUGGUGACGACAGUGACCCUUUCUCACAAUCUGGCUCUCAGUCAGGAACAGAUGCUGGACAACUUCCGACUGCAGACGAACCGCCAGGAGCAGAUAGACGGCAUCAUCAAGUAUGCGAGGUGUGCCAUCAUAGUGUCUCUGCUGCUGUCCCUCUCAACUGCAUUCGCAUCUGUCGCCCUCCUCUGGGGCAUGAAGAAGAGGCGGGCGGAGUACCUGGUGCCCUGGAUCUGUGUGAGUGUGGUGUCCAUCCUCUUCAACCUCCUCUCCUCCACCAUCUUCAUCAUCAUAGUGUGGCCGGUCACGAGCAAGGCGGCCUGUGUGAUCAUUCUGGUGCUGGUGUUCGGGUUCUACUUCCUGUGGGCGUACUGUGUGGUGGUGGUGGUGAGAUACAGGAAGAGACACAGACGCAAGAGCAGCAUGACUGCUUCUUUCAACCACGACAACAACAACCCCCCACUCCUCUUCUCCCCACCCCCUCCUCCCCCUCAUCCUUCUCAAACACACUAUCCCAAUGGUGGUGUGCAGUUUAGCCAGAAUGGGAUGAGCCAGUCGGUACUCUACAAUCAACACCAUCACCAUCCACACCCUCAGCCAGCUAUUACAGUGACCAUGCACCACUCCUCGCAUCCUCCCCCUCUCAUCUCCCCUGCUGCCCUACAACCCCCACUGCCCCCCUACGAGCCAGCGGUCACUCCCUUACCCCCACCUUACUCCAUAGAGCCCAGUGCGCCUCCCCCUCCUCCUCCUCCUCCUCCUCAUGCAAACUCUAAUCCCAUUCCUUGUCAACCCAGCGUUCCUGCUGUUCGUGCUGCUCCUGUACCCCCUCCCAGUUCAGUCUCUCUUAGCCGACAGCUGCAGAGGCCAAUGCAGACAGAGUGCAGAAUGAACACUGCACAAGAUCCAACUGGCAUCUCGGCUGUGUGAAAUAUAACAAUCAAUCUGUCAGACAGCAAUCCAAACAACAACUCAAAUCUAGAUCUUUUCCAACCUCUGUGUUCUGUAUAACCGAAAUAAAAUUAUCAAAUUAAAUUUUUGUUAAUGAAUAAUUUAGCUCUCUCGCAAAAUAUAGAUUCUUUCUAUUUUUCUAUUCCUUGGUCUUU